ACCCGGAAGUAGAUCAGCGAGCCUUAAAAGUGCAGCUCUGGGGAAAUAUUUUACCCAGAUUCUCAGGUUUUCAGAGAAGUUUUUAAAAGUCUGUCCAGCAGCAGACGGUCCUGUUGGUUUCGGGUUUACGUCUCCUCUCUCUUCCUGUUCGGACUGAUAGUGAAAGUGAAAGACAGCAGCGUUAUAACGUUUUCUGUCCGCUCGGAUGAAUCAUUGUAUGUAAAAAAACAAAAUCAACAACAAGAAAAAACAACUCAAAUGCCACGAUGUCCAAACCUCGAUUCAAAAUACGGAAGCAUAAAUCAUUACACUGUAAUGAAAUUCAGAGAGAAGCUCGAUAACUUGUCCAUCUCAGAUUACCAGGGCCUGAGCAGUCCUGGGCUCACCUGCUAUCUGAACAGCAUCCUGCAGGUGCUCUUCAUGACUGAAGAGUUUCGGGAAGCAGUGAAAAGAGAUUGGAGUAAAAGUUCAACAGCGACCAUUGAUUUCUACCUGGGGGAGCUGUUCCACACUUUAGAGGGAGACAUGGCCAAAACACACAACAUCACAAAAAAAUUGGGCAUCAAAGACGUUUUUGAACAACGUGACGCUGCUGAGUACUUAGAGAAGAUCCUCUGUCGUACCAAUCCAAACGCCUCCAAGAUAUUCAAAGGGGAGCUGAAUCAUAAAACUACGUGCUUAAACUGCAACAACACAAACAUUUCGACAAACUUCUUCUGGGUUCUACCGCUGUCGAUGGGAGACUCAAAGUCUGGAAGCUACAGUGUGCUGAAAGGUUGGAGGAGUUUCUUUAAGUCACAAAGAGUCUGCAAAGAAAACCAGAUGUUCUGCAGUCGCUGCAAUCAAAAGCACGACGCCGACAUUGAGUACGAGAUGAUGCACUGCCCAGAUGUUCUGACGCUGCUGCUGAAAAGGUUCUCCUUCGACUACCAGCAGAACCGUUACGUCAAGCUGAACGGCAAAGUUGAUGUGGCCCAAACUUUAGAAAUCAAGAACUGCAGGUACGACCUCUACGCCGUGGUUCAUCACUUCGGUGAUCUAAUGGGAGGCCAUUACACUGCAGACAUCAAGUCCUUUGAAACUGGAAACUGGUACUGCUUCAAUGACAACACUGUUAAAUGUAUCAAUGAAGUGUACGUUAAAUCUGGACAAAACCAAAUAAGAUCAUCGACAGUUUAUCUCCUGAUGUACAAAAUGGUGAGUGGACGGCCCAAGGAGACGGAUGGGAGCUCUCUGGAAGAUCGUUUUCUUCUGUCACCUGAAGCUGAAGACAGAUGUAAUGAGGCAGAACCAAAAGAUGAUUUUGUCUUUGAAGAUCUCCUGAAAACUGAAAGCCAUAGAGAAGACAUGUGGCAUUUGAAUAAUAUGAUCAGAGACGAUGAGUUCAAGAAGAAACAUCCAAACUCUUCCAGAAGAGGGAAUGAACAAUUGAACGGAAAAGCCUCACAAAGGAAACCAGAGGCUUUCACUACUGAAGCAAAGGAUUCAAAGGAGCAAAUAUGUUAUAAUAACACAAAUAAAUCCUCAGACUGUAUGUUUCACCAAAGCUCCACCCCUCCUAUUAAAGGAGGAAGAGUGAAUGAGUCCAGGGACAAACAGGGUAACUAUAAGACAAACAAACAUCUUCAUUAUCACAGCCCUAUAAGAGGAAGAGUCGAGUCUGGAGGAACCACAGAUGUGUUUUUUUACGGGGAGGAUUCAGCUGUGGCAUCAACACACAGAAAUGGCCUGACAGUUACUAAAAGGACUUGUAGCAAUGGUGGUUACUCUUCAGAUUUAUCCAAGAUCCUGGAAAAGGAAAAACCUCGUAGCCCAAGCAAGAGGAGUCAAACAAAAAAACAACUCUGGAAAUGAAAGAACCCAUGUUUAUUUUAAAGUAAGGUUUGAUUUGCCACAGAAAAAACUAAACUUUUAUAUUUAUUCACAGAGAAACUUAAUUAUAAUGUUAGCUGUCCUUGUGUAGCUGCUAAAAGUGACCAUUGAAUUCUGGGUUCUUUGAUUUUGGUUGUCCUGGUUUUUUAUCAUUUCAAAUGAUGAUGUCCAGGUUUUUGUUCAGCCAAACAUGUUUUAAGAAGAUUGAUUGAUCCAGGAGAACAAACCAUUUCUACAGCAUUAUGUAAAUAAACUAGAUUAAAAGAAC